UCAAAUACUCAAAUCGAUCUCAUGCCCUGUUUUCUUCUUCACCAGAUUUCUCUUAUCUUCCCUCCCAACUCCCCCUAAACUCUAUUCUCCCUCUCCCAAGCUACAUUCUAUUUCAUUUUUAUUUUAUUUCAUUUUCCAAUGUUGUCCAUAUCCUGUGACUAAAAAUCCCUUUCCCCUCCCUCCCAAAUCCUCUCCCCAAAAUGGCAGUCGUCAGCUGUUGCCACCACCACCACCACCACCCCUUUUCAAAACUUACCCCAAUCAAGAAAUUCCCAACCCAUAAAUCCAUCAUCAAUAUUUCAUCUUCUCCUCACACCUCCACUCACCACCCACCCCCAUUGUCCCUCUCACAAAAAUCUGCUUCCGAUCAACAGAGGGAUUGGCUUUCCUCCCUCAAGAACAGCACUCUUUCUCUUGCGCUGGCCGUCGGAUUACUCACCGGAAUUCCUACUUCAGAAUAUUCCGGCCCGGCAAAUGCUGCUGCUGUACCUAUUUCCCCAAUAUUGCCAGAUAUCUCAGUCUUGAUUUCAGGGCCUCCAAUUAAGGAUCCUGGGGCAUUGCUGAGGUAUGCUUUGCCUAUAGAUAACAAAGCUAUAAGGGAUGUGCAGAAGCCACUUGAGGAAAUUUCUGAUAGCCUCAAGAUUUCUGGUGGGAAAGGCCUUGAAUCCGUCGAAAGAAAUGUCAGGCAGGCUUCCAGGGCUCUCAAGGAAGGAAGAACAGCUAUAGUAAAAGGGCUGGCUAAGUCGAAAGUCGACGAUGGGGUUGCAUUGCUUAACAAGCUUGAAGUAGGAAUGGAUGAGCUUCAGAAGAUCGCCGAGAGCCGCGACCGUGAGGCAGUUGUGCCGAAGCAGAAGGAGCUGCUUAAUUAUGUUGGAGGUGUCGAAGAGGAUAUGGUGGACGGGUUUCCCUACGAAGUUCCGGAAGAAUACAAGAACCUGCCGUUGCUCAAGGGCCGAGCUACGGUGGACAUGAAGGUCAAGGUUAAGGACAAUCCCAACUUGGAAGAGUGCGUCUUCCGGAUUGUUCUGGACGGGUACAAUGCCCCCGUCACGGCUGGGAAUUUUGUGGAUUUAGUACAGAGGCAUUUCUACGACGGGAUGGAGAUCCAGAGAGCGGACGGUUUUGUUGUCCAAACGGGUGAUCCUGAAGGCCCGGCCGAGGGGUUUAUCGAUCCGAGCACUGAGAAAACUCGGACGAUCCCUUUGGAGAUUAUGGUUGUUGGAGAGAAAGCGCCAUUAUACGGGGAAACGCUGGAAGAGCUUGGCCUGUAUAAGGCUCAGACAAAGCUGCCGUUUAAUGCAUUCGGAACGAUGGCCAUGGCCCGGGAUGAAUUUGAGGACAACUCGGCAUCGAGUCAGGUGUUUUGGCUGUUGAAAGAGAGCGAGCUGACUCCAAGCAACGCAAACAUAUUGGACGGUCGAUAUGCAGUUUUCGGUUACGUUACUGAAAACGAAGAUUUCUUGGCGGACCUAAAGGUUGGAGACAUCGUGGAGUCGAUACAAGUUGUAGCAGGUUUGGAUAAUCUUGUUAAUCCGAGCUACAAGAUUGCUGCUUAGCUUCGACCGUUGGGUCGGGCUUUCCAAUUCUUUGUGUUUCGAGUGACUUUUUAGAUGGAUAUGUUAUGUAUGAACCGAAGAAAAGCGACGGUACAUUUUAUUUGAUAAAUAUUUCGAGUUCGCAGA